CCUGACUAGGACAAAAUUAAUCAGCUAGCUGUUGCGGCUACACUUAGAACUACUAAUAUUACAAUUUAAAUGUUGUUUAAUACGGAACACCUAAACUGAGAAUUACUUUAGGUAAAAUUAACGAUUCAUUCCAUGAUGGUGGAGCUAUAAAACGAUAUGAGAUAAAUGCGCUGUUUUUGAACAGGACUAAUUUAGGAAUAGCUGAUUUAUGCUAACAGCGAUCAUGGCUUCAGUAAUUCUGACAACUAAAAUCAACAGAACUAUAAACUCACAUCUGCUGAAACUGAUUUGGACCAAAGGAUCUGUCAGACAUGCUUCAGUGGGCAGGAUUGAGAAAGUCCUCAUUGCGAACAGAGGUGAGAUAGCAUGCAGGGUGAUGCGGACAGCUAAGAAGAUGGGCGUUCGCUCUGUUGCAGUGUACAGUGAUGCAGACAGACAUUCCAUGCAUGUGGCAAUGGCAGAUGAGGCAUAUCAUAUUGGGCCUGCAGCGUCUCAGCAGAGUUACCUGCGCAUGGACAAGAUCCUGGAUGUGGCCAAAAAAUGCUCUGCACAGGCUGUGCAUCCUGGAUACGGUUUCCUGUCUGAAAACACAGAGUUUGCUGAACAGUGCAAACAUGAAGGCAUCAUCUUCAUUGGCCCACCUUCAUCAGCCAUUCGUGACAUGGGAAUUAAGAGCACAUCGAAAUACAUUAUGUCAGCUGCCGGUGUGCCUAUCAUUGAAGGUUACCAUGGAGAGGACCAAUCAGAUGUGAAGCUUCAAAGUGAGGCAGCCAAGAUUGGCUUCCCUGUGAUGAUCAAAGCCGUUCGUGGUGGCGGAGGGAAAGGAAUGCGAAUUGCACACUCUGAAGCAGAUUUCCACGAACAGCUUGAGUCCGCACGGAGAGAAGCCCGCAAGUCAUUCAAUGAUGAUGUCAUGCUAAUAGAGAAGUUUGUGGAGAAUCCCAGACACGUAGAGGUGCAGGUGUUUGGUGAUCAGUAUGGUAAUGCAGUAUAUCUCUUUGAGAGAGACUGUAGUGUUCAGAGACGACACCAGAAGAUCAUAGAGGAAGCUCCAGGGCCAGGCAUCAGUCCUGAGGUCAGGCGGCGACUCGGGGAGGCAGCAGUGCGGGCGGCUAAAGCCGUCAACUAUGUGGGAGCAGGCACAGUGGAAUUCAUCAUGGAUGCGCAGCACAAUUUCUACUUCAUGGAGAUGAACACACGACUGCAGGUGGAGCAUCCGGUGUCAGAGAUGAUCACAGGAACUGAUCUGGUGGAGUGGCAGCUGAGGGUGGCGGCGGGUGAGAAGUUGCCCCUCACUCAGGAGCAGAUUGUGUUGAUGGGUCACUCUUUUGAAGCCAGAAUUUAUGCUGAAGACCCUAAUAACAACUUCCUCCCUGGAGCAGGACCACUGCUUCAUCUGUCCACCCCUCAGGGAGAUCAGAGCACACGCAUAGAGACGGGGGUUCGUGAAGGUGAUGAGGUGUCUGCUCACUAUGACCCCAUGAUCGCUAAACUGGUGGUUUGGGGUGAAGAUCGCUCCGCUGCUCUGAAGAGACUCAGAUACUGCCUGCGACAGUACAAUAUUGUGGGUCUCAACACCAACAUCGAGUUUUUAUUGAGUCUUUCAGGGCAUCCAGAUUUUGAUGCGGGGAACGUUCACACCAGUUUCAUCCCGCAGCACUACGAUGAGCUGUUCCCCCCACCUCAGAGCCCGUCUGGGGAAGUGCUGUGUCAGGCGGCUCUGGGUCUGCUGCUACAGGAACAACAGCACACACAGACAUACAGGAACCAGUCCAAUGACAUGUUCUCGCCGUUUGCGUCCAGUAAUGGGAGACGACUCAAUGUUGUGCACUGCAGGAACCUGACACUGAAGUUAGGGGACAACAAAGUGGCACUAUCUGUUACAUACAACCCAGAUGGGACAUACAGUAUGAAGACUGCAGGUGAAGUGUUCCUUGUGUCUGGGGAGCUUCAGUUGGAGGGAGACGUGACAUACCUGUGCUGCUCUGUCAAUGGAGUACUAUCCCGACCUAAAUUAGUCAUUCUAGAAAACACCAUACACAUCUUCUCUAUGGAAGGAAGUGCCCAGGUGGACAUCCCUGUGCCCAAGUUCCUGGCUGGUGUUAGUGCCUUCAGUGCACAGGGGGGUGCUGUUGCACCCAUGACAGGGACAAUUGAAAAGGUGCUAGUCAAGGUUGGAGACUUCGUCCAGAAAGGAGAUCCAUUAAUGGUGAUGAAUGCCAUGAAAAUGGAGCAUACCAUCCGUGCACCCAAAGCAGGCGUCAUCAAGAAGGUGUUCUUCAGAGAGGGCACACAGGCGAACCGCCAUGCCGUGCUGGUAGAGAUCGAGGGAAAUGAAGAAGCAGGAGCAGAGUAACUAAGUGUGAAAAGGUUAAAUUGAUCGUUACGAGAUCUUGAAGAAGCACUACACAUUGGUUUGGAAACUCCAAACUUCUGCCUUCCUGUUUGACUCUGAAAUGAUAUGUAGGCUAGUAAUACCACUUAUAUGGUUUUUCGAACACAGAACAUCUUUUUCUUAGUCAACUCUUGUACCUACUGUCUUCCAAAUAUCUUUUUAUUAUUUCUUUGUUUCUGGUUCUUUUGUACCACGUUUAGUGGACAAAAAGGGGUUGCUUAGAUUUCAACUGUCUGAAAUACAUGUUACAGUUAGCCGCUGGAUGACUGUGGAUUGGCACUCCAUCUCCCAUUAUUAAGGAUUUUCAUUUCAACAAAACCAAACCAAUCAAAUGUAACAUGGUUGUUCACUCAAGCUAGAAUACAGAAAACUGUGAUCAGUUUAACAAGACUAAUCGUGCACUGUAGGUAUCAAGCAUAGUUUCAAACGUGUGUUGCCAGUGCCGUUCUUAUCAUGAAAAGCUCUAGAAGUGUUUUAAGGCAUGUGGUGAAUGCCUUGAUUCUGGUUUAACUACUAAUGAUAUCUCAGAUCCUUUGUAACCAUCAUCAUUAAAGGAUAGUUUUUUUUUUUUUUUCAAAUAAUUGUAUUAAAAGGUAUCAAUAAAGUGUUCCCGUACUUUCCCAUUGUUGUGCAAAUCUAAGUCAC